UUUGUAAAGACGCCAUUAGAUACCAUCUUCGAGCUCUGAGCUUAUUCCCAGCUCACAAAGAGGGAAAACAAAAAACACCAAGAUUCUCAGGCUUUCGUCUUCCUCAUUAAUUCCUACAGGUUUUAAUUAGGGUUUUUCCCCUUCAUCCAACCGGGUCUCAAUCCAUUUAAUCGCCUAUUCGAAACUGCUAAUCGUCGCAUUGGUGCUGCUCUGCACAUCAAUCUUGUUGCAUAGUGUUUUUAUUCUUCGAGAAAAACGAAGAAAUGGGUGCUCAGAGAAAGGGGGCAUCGCGGGUUUCCGAGGACUCCGAGGAGUUGGCACGAGUUUCGUUGCAGGCAGUUCUUCUUGCCGAUAGCUUUACCACUAAGUUUCGUCCCAUAACGCUUGAACGACCCAAGGUAUUACUGCCGCUGGUAAAUGUCCCUAUGAUUAAUUAUGCCUUAUCCUGGCUCGAAUCGGCUGGUGUUGAAGAGGUGUUUGUAUUUUGCUGUGCUAACUCGAAACAAGUAAUUGAUUACUUGGAGAACUCUGAGUGGGUAUCCCUACCAGACUUUGCAGUCACAACUAUAGAGUCACACAACUCCAUUAGUGCUGGAGACGCCCUGCGUUUGAUCUAUGAAAGAAAUGUGAUACAUGGUGAUUUUGUACUUAUCACUGGAGACACCGUAAGCAACAUGCCACUUACGCAAGCUCUUCAAGAACACAAAGAUAGAAAGAAGAAAGAUAGUAAUGCCGUAAUGACUAUGGUUGUCAAACGGUCAAAGCCUUCUCCAAUCACACACCAAUCUCGGCUUGGCACUGAUGAACUGUUUAUGGCAAUUGAUCAUAAUUCUAAGCAGCUCUUAUACUAUGAGGAUAGGGCUGACGAUUCAAAAGGAAUUANAGAAAUGAGUAAGAUCAUGGGUUACAAGAUUUACACACACGAAAUUUGCUCAAGCUAUGCAGCCAGAAUCGAUAAUUAUCGAAGCUAUGACACCGUUAGUAAGGACAUAAUACAAAGGUGGACAUAUCCACUGGUACCGGAUGUUAAAUUCUUUGGGAAUUCUGCUUAUAAACUUGAAAGGCAGGGAAUGUAUCGAGCAUCAGAAAUACUGCAGGCACGCUCUGCACAGGUUGGUCCGUUUACUGUUAUUGGAGAUAACAGCAAAAUUGGUGACAACACCAAAAUUACGAAUUCAAUUAUUGGGCAAGGUUGUAGCAUUGGAUCUAAUGUUACAAUUGAAGGCUCUUAUAUAUGGGACAACGUCACCAUUGAAGAUGGCUGUAAACUUAGUCAUGCUAUCGUCUGUGAUGGAGUUAUUAUAAAGUCAGGGGCAGAACUGGAACCUGGUGUAAUUUUGUCUUUCAAGGUUGUUGUAGGGGAUCAGUUUAUUGUUCCAUCAUAUUCAAAGGUAUCUUUGUUUCAGCAGCCAAUCAAUCAAGAUAGCGAUGAUGAGCUGGAAUAUGCAGAUAAUAGCAGUGGUAUAGUAGAAUUUGCAGAUACAACGGACAAGUCAAAUAAUGAACUGAUGUCCAAAUCGCUUGAAAUGCAAGGCUGGCCUGCAUCUGAGCUAGGCAAUGGAGGUAUAGGACAUGUUUGGUCAAUUUGUGAAGGAAGUGUUGAAGAAGAAUGGAGGCACUCAGUUGCACCCAUUCCUGCCGAUAAACUUGAGAAGACUCUGCAAAAAGCGACAGAUGAUGAGCUGGAGUUAACUCGAGAUGCUAAUGUUCUUCCAACUUCAGGAGAGUCGAAGUCUGAUUCAAAUGUCUCAGAUGGUGAUGAUAACGAAGACUCUAGAGAUGACUCCAUCCACUUUGAGAAAGAGGUUGAAGCAACGUUUCUGAGAGGUGUGCACGAAAAUAUUAAAGUAGACAAUGUAAUUUUGGAAGUGAACUCAUUGCGGUUGUCAUAUAAUAAGGUGGCUGCAGAUUGUGCAGGAGCAUUGUUUUAUUCUCUGAUGAAAUUUGCCUUAGACUCUCCACAUGGUUCAUCUAGUGAGCUACUGCAAAACACUACAAAUAUAAUUACGAAAUGGAAAAAACUUUUGAAGUACUACUUAACUGACAUGGAUGAAGAGAUUGAAGUGAUAUUAAAAUUUGAAGAGAUGUGCCUGGAAUCGGCCAAGGAAUUCACCCCACAUUUUACUAAGAUUUUGUGUCAUCUAUAUGACCAAGAAAUCAUUCAAGAAGAUGCUAUUCUAAGGUGGGAUGAUGAGAAAAAGGAAGCGGAUGAUUCGGAUAAACUUUUCGUUAAGCAGGCCGAGAAAUUCAUCGAAUGGUUAAGAGUUGCAUCAGAAGAGGAAGAUGAUGAAGAGGAGGAAUAGAAAUGGUGGAAUAACAUCUGUAGAAUAGCAAAGAUCACAGGGCAGAGUGAGGAAGUCCAUUGUUGCUGAGUAAACGUCAAAUCUUCACAGUAGCUACCAGGUUUCCCUAAUGUGAAAGGAAACUUGGUUUUUUUUUUUUUUUUUCCAUUUUUUUUCAACUUCUAUGAUUGUCUAUUGUCCAUGUCCUGUCAUAGAAAGAAAAUUUUGGGGAAAUGUUUAAAUCUUACUUUGUGAUUUUUUUCCGUUUAUUUAUUUGAGUUAGUGUAUCUCCGAUCUUCCACAAAAAAAGUUUAUUUUUGUCUCUGAGUAAGUACAUAGUAAUGAUAGCUGAGUUAAGUUCGUUUA